AUGAGUGUGUUGCAGCGGAAAAUACGUAAUUUUUUGGACCUGAAGCGGGAUCUUGAGCUGCAAUAUAAGCUUGUUAUCAAGUCUCAACCUGAUGCCUCAAGCUCGGGCCUACAGGACUUGUAUGAGUUUGACCAGCUAUGCUACCUGUACCAUGCGUUGAAGUCGUAUUAUGACAUUUCACGAAGUACGUGGGACCUGGAUUAUAGGAACCUUUUGGACGAUUUGGCUAAUAUCGUGCUGAGGAUGGAGGAGAAGAUUCCUGUGACCGAGAUCUUGACUAAUGCUCCUCAAUUGAAGGUUGUCAGACGUCAAUUGCGUGAAAAUGCUAAAGAGGGUGGAAAGGUUGCUUUUAGUAUGGUGCAGCUGAACGCCGAUAUGGAGAGUUUCCAGGGUUUGAUUGUCUCGCUUGAUAUAAACUCCAUCACGGUCGAUAGUGCAUCUCUGCGGCAGCUGCCUCUGCUUCUGAAGACGCCAACAGAGUCGGAGCCUCAGAAAGCGGUAGUCGAGAAACCCCAGGAGGCUCAGAAGGUCUCCCCACCAAAACAGCCUGCUACUCAACAUCAACAAGCAACUCCGAAGGCUCCUGCUACUACACAAGAUCUUCCAGCACCAACACAAGAAAAACCCCUUCCGACUGCUCAAACACCAACAAAGGCAAUUCCAAAAGGUCCUAAAGGUGCUUUUCCUACAUCGCCAGCGUUUCUGCCGCCCAAGGGACCAAAGGGACUCUCUGCAUCUCAAACACCAACGGGACCAAAAGCACUUAAGACUUCACAACAACCACACAGCUCACCAGGUGCCAAUUUUCAACGUUCUAAUUUCACUCCUUCUAAGCCUUCACCAUUGAUUGGUCAAAAGAGGUCUCUGCAAUCAAGCGACACGCCUCAGAAGCGCCAGAAGCAACCAUUCUUUACUCAUUUGAACGAUUGGACCCCGGAGCAUGUGCAAUGCAUUUUUAAAUGUGCCAUAAUGAGCCCGCAUCGUGUUUCUGAAGCUAUCAAGCAAGGCUUCAAGGAAACUUUUGGUGUCGAUAUCACUCUCGAGGCAGCUCACUCUCUACAACUGCAUUACGGUAUUCUUCCAGAAACCAUGAACGACUACAAAUACUACAUCCAGGCGUUCCGUGCUGUGGCCUCGAAUAUCUACGACAACAGACAUAAAUAUGUCACCGAGCCAUGGGCAGAGUUGAAGAGAAUGUUUUCAAGAAGGACUAACCUUACACUUUCUGACGAUGAUGUGAAGGGACGCUACGAGCUCUUCAUCCUUCACAGACAAACCUACGGCAAUCAAGGCGAGCCUCCAUCUAAUUACGAAUCAGAAUGGAAUGCAUUUCAUCGUGUUUACCGUUUCAGGACGUCACAAAAGAAAAGCACAACACAGUCGUUCUUUUCUAGUGCAAAUGCUGCACCCGCCAAAGAACAACCUUCUCCUGCCACUCAACCAGCUAGCUAUAGGCCAAAUCUGUUCACAUGGACACCACAAGCAAUUGGAGAGCUUGUGAAAGCACAAGCAGAGACCGAUUUGAAAAGUCCAGGGCGUAUACUUCUCGUCCAGCGCCUUCUCAGACAGGCUGGUUACGAUACCCUGCUUGAAGAAAUAAUCACCAAGCUGGGAGAAAAGGAAGUCAUGAGCGCCAUCAACGAACAACAAAGAAUAAUCGUAAGACGGCAGUUCCAAGAGAAGUAUUUGAAUGGUAAUAACGGUCCCAACUCCCAGAAUAGAAGUGACCCAAGAACUCCGGCGUCGGCUCCAGCUUCAGCGGCUACCAACCAACUGCCAAACAAAGGCCAGCCUCAUACUUAUCAAAGAGCUCCUCAACUGUCCCCAGCUGCUGGUUCCACUUCAAGCGUUCCACAGAAGGUGGAUUCUACACCUCUGAAACCCAAAGAAGCUGCCAAAGAUACACCUCAGUCCCCUGGUCAAGCCAAUGCUUCCGUGCAAACCAGUUCUGCUACACAGAAUGCUAAUUCACCAUCUCCUUCGAAGGAAACAGAGGCUCUUCCUCAGGGAGUCAAGAAGGUAGUCCCAAAGGCCGGACAACAAUCCAGUCAUUUCGAUAACCUCAUUGAAAAAGUCUCUAGUGGAACUCGUCCUAAUUGGCAUUAUGAGAAUCGUUUCAAGGAUCUCCCAUUCACAGCCUUCUGGGAUUUCGAGAAGAACAGAACGAUUGCCGUAACGGUGGACCAUAUUAGUCUGAUUUCUAAAGAAACUCAGAAUCCGACAGAACGUGUCGCAAGAGCUAAUCUCAUCAAAUUAAUCAUGCUUCGCUUUUUAAGACUCCAUCAUAUCCUGGUAUCUGAGGAUUUCCUUGAAGCAAGGCUUAUCAAAAUGAUGGAGAAGGAUGUGUUCGAUAGCACGGCCUGUCGCUUGAUCAAUGAUCAAAUCAUGAAAAAGUAA